AUGGAAGAUUUUGCAGAUAUAGUUGCAAAACUUUGUAUAGAAAAAUACAUGAGGCUUAGUAAAAAUGGUAAACCAUCGGAGAAAGAAUGGACUGUACUAUCUGGUAUAGUAUUAAAGAAACACGAUGAUUCACUAUCUUUAGUAGCUCUUGCAACUGGGACAAAGUGUUUGGGAGAACUGGAUCUAAUAAAUACAGAAAUGUACGAAGAAGGUUGUAGAUUAAAUGAUUCUCAUGCCGAGGUCCUAGCCAGACGUGCCUUUUUAAGAUACUUGUAUGAAGAGAUUGAUUUAUUGUUCUGCAGUGCUAGGAGCAACAUUUUCACUUUAAAUGAAAAGAAACAAAUUAGUCUACAUAACGGAGUAUCAUUCCAUUUUUUUACAAGUCAGACACCUUGCGGAGAUUGUUCUAUAUUUCGAAAGGACGAAUUUCAUGAACAUGAUGCACCACCAAAUAAAAUUAAAAAAUACGAUUGCAAUGAUACUGGAGACGUAAUUGUAGAAUAUAGUAAGAAUAAACAAGAGGAACAAAACAUCAAAGAUAUACAUAGAACUGGUGCAAAAUGUAUUAAAACUGAUAGGUACCAAGACUCUCAUCUACCUGGAGUAAAUUAUCACGUGACUGGACCACUACGAACUAAACCAGGGAGAGGUAAUCCUACUCUUAGCUUAUCUUGUUCAGACAAAAUGGCAAAGUGGAACAUCCUUGGAUUACAAGGUGCGCUUUUAUCAAUGUUAAUACCGCCAAUAAAAAUGGAAACUGUCGUAGUUGGCGGUGGAUGUCCUUUUUCAUUAGAAGCGAUGAACCGUGGAUUGUACAAACGGUUUAAUAAAAAUAUGUACAAAUUAAAAGUCAUGCAAGCUCAAGUAUCCUUCAAACAACAAAAAAGUCAUAACAAAAAACAUCCAUGUCCAUCAAGUAUCAUAUGGUCUGCUGUGAGACAUCGUGAUACCGAGGUAGCAGUUGAAGGUAGAAAACAAGGAGCUACUAAAAGAAAAAAAGGUAGCAAUUUACGUAUAACAAGGCGAGCUCUUUUUGAAGUGUUUUUAAAGACUUGCGAUAAGUAUCAACAUUCUGACUGUAAUAUAAGACACCCGAAAAAGAUUACUUAUUUAGACUGCAAAAAAUGGUCUAAGAGUUACCAAAAUUUAUGGAAUACAUUGAAAUCGGAAUCUUUUCAUGCCUGGAAUUCCAAACCAACCAGCCUACAAACGUUUGUAUUAUGAAUCUUUGAAUACUUUCAACAUAUUUUUUGUAAAUAGUUUUUCAAA